AUGAACCAAAAGGAAGAACAAAAAAGUGCACAGCAGGAAGCCCCAAGUGACCAGGCAGAAAGGCCAAAAAUCGAUCUAGAAAGAGGAUACAGGCCAGCAUACAAUAGAUACAGAAAAAGGCCGUACAGACAAAUCGAGAGAACAUCAAGAUAUGAAGAAUAUCCUAGCUAUAGAUAUAGCAGAGUAGAAGAAGGCGCAAGCCAUCCACCCAGAGGAUACAAGUCGUAUCCCCCACAGGCCUACCGAGUGGAUAGGUAUCGGGGAAGGCGGCCUGGAUAUGAAGCAUACCCUGGGAGGUGGCAGGAGCCAGGGAGAUGGCAGGAAGAGCACUAUUCAUUUUACGACCAAAGACCAAGGACGUACUACAAGAAAAGAGUUCUUCCUGCAGAGCAAGUCCCAGUGAAUGUCCUAGGGAUAUUUGGCAUAGACAUAAGAGUGACUGAGGAUGAGCUGAAACAGUGGCUAAAUGAGAAGCUAGAGAGUCUGCCAUUCACCAAGACAGAACUGGUCCUGGACAAAUACACUGGGUAUAGCAGAGGCUAUGCAUUUGUGUACUUUGAUACUGUGGAAGAAGCAACAGCAGCUAAGGGUAAGCUGACAGACCAGAUGCUAAAUGGCUCCAUUGUACGUGUAGAAUACUCAAUAACACCAUCUGGGCAUGCUAAAAGAGAGGUAGCAGAGGAAAGCAAGGAAGCAGAAGAGAUAAACCCAGCACAGAAAAAGAAUGAAUAA